AUGGCGUCCUCCGCCGACUCUGCUUGUUCACAACAGAAAGCCAAGAAAGCGAAGAUAGAAGUAGAAGAGAAAGAUAGGCUUAACGAAUUACCAGGGGAAACCCAGCGUAUCAUUCUGUCUCUCUUGCCCUUCAAGGAUGCGGUCAAGACUUCAAUACUCUCAAGAAGCUGGGCAAAUCUAUGGGAAUCGGCCGUCACAAAGCUGGAUUUCGACGAAACAAACCUAUCGACGAAGAGAAGGACCCAGUUCAGAGAAUGGAUCAAGCGGUUUGUAGCAAGGCAGCAGCGAAACGACGAUGCCUCCUCCCCAAUCCCAAAACAACAAUUGAAAAAGUUUAGGGUUUCAUUCCAAUUGGCGAAUCAAUGCUGUUCCAAUGGGGAUGUUGAUUCAUGGGUCAAGUUCGCAUUGUCGAAAAGGGUCGAGUCUCUCGACCUCUCCUUCGUUUCGUGCCGAUACUACCACCACAACUACGUUUUCCCCUGUGCGAAUCACAUCAAAACCCCAACUGGGUUGUCCGAGAUCAAGCCCCUGAGAUCAUUGCGAUUUAGUCAUGUCGACGUCGACGACGAGACGAUUCAACACUUGAUCUCUAAUUGCCCUCACCUCGAAGAGCUAGCUGUAACCAUGUCAGAUUCACUAGUAACUCUCAGUAUUCCUGCUGCUGCUGCUGCUGCUGCUGCUGCAUUGAAGCGCUUGGAACUGAGGGACUGCAGGCUUCUAAAGUCCUUGGAGAUAGCUGAUGUCCCAUCGCUCACCCACUUCACGCUCUUGGGCUUGGGUUAUUAUCAGCCGAUGGAACUACGUAUGGAGAAAUUUGCUACUCUGGUGGAUUUGAGGAUCAACAUUAGGGAAGACGAUGUUACAUUUGCUUUCAUCUCCAGCCAUGCUGCUCAGUUGGCGGCUCUUGCGAUGCGAGUAGAGUCGGAAGGCUCGUGGUUUCCCAAUGUAGUUGAAUUCACCCGUCUCGAGGUGCUGGAGGUUGAAACAGAAGGCGGUGUCUUCAGCAACGUUAUCCGCUUGAUCGCGCUGAUAAACGCUUGUCCUCGAUUGCACACACUGCGACUGUCAUUCAAAAGAUUCGAACAGGAAAGGAUCAUAUUACAACAUCCAAAUGUGGACAGAGUAAGUAGGGAGAGCAUCAGAGUGGUGGAAAUUAGUGGGUUUCGUGGUUGUUGGACUGAUUCCCACUUUGUGCAGUAUGUGCUUGGGUACUUCGUGGGGCUCGAGAGAAUCGUCGUUCAUUGCAAUAAUAAGGUAGGUUACGUAGCAAAACAACAGGCUCGGGAGUUCAAAUCUAGAGUAUCCCCUGCAAUCGACUUUGUUAUAAUGUAG